GUACAUAACCUUUGCAGUAAAAUAAGGCCUGUAAAACUACUGAAAUCAGUCAUGUCAGAAGCUAUAGCUAUAGCCUGUAAAUGCCGUAGCCUUAGGCGAGUGUUCUGCGUAGCGUGUGGGGGAUAAAGAUAGAGAAACAGUACGUAAGUGUCUGUGCGAGAGAGAGAGAGAUAAAGAGACAGAGAGAGAGGCUGGCUGCAGACGGGGAAUUUGUUGUACAGUUCUAAAGAAGUCAUACAGCUCGUGUGACCACAAAACACACAUCAGGUUUGUUACGGGUGCUGCGCUGCUUUGCCGGAGCUGGCAACACGGACGCUUUUAUCCUGAUUAAGUAACGGCAGGACAUGAGAGCGCCAGACACACAUACAGCACCUCACAGCCGGCAUUUGAGCAAGAAGUCAAGGGCAAUCUAAUGAUAAAGGGACUAGGAGCCGGUUGACUGUUUAUUUAGAAGUGCUGUCGAGCAGAAACGAAAUAUCUCCUUCCUGGAAAAGAGCUCGUGCCGGAUCACACAGCACCGCAAUGCGAAUGUCGAGCGAAGGGACCAGUACAACUGCUUCUAACACGGGCGAAAAUAGAGGAAUUAGCCGCCGCACAGACAGCUGAAUCGUGAGAAAUGUUCUCUGUUCCUGUUCUGAGGUAAAACAUCGCCGUGAGACUGCGUGAAACGGCUGUUUUCAAGAUCAGCUACUAAUCUACAGCAAGGCAUCUUCAUAUGAGACAGCACGCGAUAAUCUUUCCGAUGAAUUAUGCACGGCGGAGCAUGAAUAAUACACUGAGGGGUGACGCUCGUUUUCAGAGACCGGCCGGUGCCCGACCGUGUCCCACAUGACCUACUUUUAAAAGCUUUAAUGCAGGAGAGAUGCAGCCGCAGUGAGAAGCAAAAAAGACCUUCAGCACUGAAAAAAACAAGCUCACUGUUUGCUCAUAUGUGUGGCCGAAAUCGUGUGGACCUCAGGUGACAUGAACUUGACUUGAACAGUCAUCUCUAUAUAAAUGUCCUCGGUGAUUGCUGGCGUAAUUGUUUUAAAACGAAUAUACCACGCCGAUAGCAUUACAGACUUCAGCUAACGGGGAAAAGGGACCCUGGAGCCGUUGACCUUUGCACUUGCAACAGCAGGAUUAUUUAUUUCUGCUAAAACCACAGUCAUUUCACUGUGCACAUGCUGUUGGGAUUUGUAUGGGAUUGGGAUUUGCCGUUGCCAUCUGAAAUCUGCACAAGAACUCCAUAAAUGCUUCUAAAGGAUUAUUAAAAUGACAUUUGCAUCCCUGUGAUGUCAUACAGUUUGAUAAUCAUGCGUUCUGAUAGCAAUACUAGUUAUUUAAUGACUACCUACAACAUUGAAUGUUGAAUGAAUCUAAUUCAACAAUGAUUCAAAGCUCAGGAGAUAUUUUUAUUGCUUGUCAGUGAAUUUACCUCUCGGUCCAAUCAUGUGGUCACUUCCAUUACUACGUUACACUGACGUUCCACCAAGAGUGACUGAGAACUUCAUUUUGUCUGGUUAUCGUUUCCCGAACUACAGCCUACGGCAGUGCCUAGCUUCUGCUUUUCGUCCUACCAAUGAGACCGGAAACUUCUGGACGCACUUCCUGCCCAUCUUUGUGUUCACUUUUCACUUUCUAGAGGUUUUCACGUGGGAAGGAGCGCCGGAACCUAGCGAUCCUUUUUUUUACCCUUUCUGGAACUACUUCCUGGGGGUGUUGUACCUGCUGCUAGCCAGCAGUCUGGCGCAUCUUCUUAACUCCAUGUCACUCAUCAUUCGUGAAAUCUGUUUUUUUGUGGACUAUGGGACUAUCAGUGCGUAUACGGUGGGUUCCUCACUGGCGUAUUACUACUACAUCCAUCCUCAAGCAGGCAUACCAGAGAUUGGAUUCGGUGGACAGAACUCUACCCAAAGGAGGAGCCUGAACGCUGAUGAAGAGGCUUGGCCCUCUGCAUCUUCUCCGACUCAGUUCCAGCUGUUUUUUGAAAGCCUCUACAUCCCAUCCUCCUUUCUGGUUGCUAUCAUAUGCGUCAUCACCUGCUGUAACACAAGACAGUGCUGGAGGAAGUACCGCUAUGCUGUCCGCACACUUGUCUUCCUCCUUCCGUUUUUCAUCUCCUCCACUCCAGUCUUCUACCGUCUCCAGAGUACCUCCGCGAGCUCUUUGUCAUCCGCCUCCCCUCAUUUGUUCUCCACCAUGGCUGCCUUCUUCUACCGCCACUGCUUUUGGCUGGUGGUAUCUGCCAUCUUCAAUAUCAGUAAGAUCCCAGAACGAUUUUCUCCAGGGAACUUUGAUAUCUGGGGUCACAGCCAUCAGUGGUUCCAUUGCUGCACUUUCCUGUCGAUCCUGGAUGAGCUGCAAAUGAUCAAAGUGGAGAUACAGGCCCUGCUUCUCAACCCAACUUUGAUACUAUCACCUGCAAUGCCACCUAGGCUCCCUGGACCAACACUCUGUUCCACCUAUGGGGUCAUGGUGCUUCUGCAGGGGUGCAUAGCGUGCAUCAUUGCCUUGUUUGGCUGGCAGGCAUAUCAGAUCUAUGGGCCAGAGCAAAAAAAGCUAAAGGGACAUUAGGGGACACUGUCAGGUUUAAAGGAUUUCGAUUUUUGAACAAUGUUUUAAUGAUUUCUGGAGCAUGAACUCUGUCAUUUCAAUCAUUUUAAAAGGGGUCCCUGUUGAAAAAAUAAGCAUACGCUGGUUAGAUAUGUUUUGAAGCAUGGCAGCUGGUUUGAGCUGGUGUAAGAUGGUCCUCAGUUGGUCCUGAGCUGGAUUUAAGCUGGUUAUGCGCUGGUUUAACCCUAAAAUGUAUACCUCAGGUCUUUAGCGACCCGGCAUCAUUUACUACCCUCUCCCUCCUUCAUUUUUAAGUUUGAUAUCUCCUUCUUAGUAUUCCUCAAUCUAUUGAUUAUAAACAAUAUAACAAGAAACAAAAAAUCUAAAAGUAUAUAUUUUUUGAAUUAUUUUUUUGGUAAAAAGUGUAUUGGGUCGAUAGAGACCCGAGGUGUGUAAUAGUGUAAGUAUAUUUUUUAUGCGCAACAAUAUGUAAAGAUCUGAUGACUCAAUACAUGGAAUUCACCUUUAUUCCUCGAGGUGGCACUGUUUAAACUAAUCAGGUGCUGGUCCUUAUUACCAGCUCAGAACCAGCUUAAACCAGCUCAUGACCAACUAAGGGCCAGCUUAAACCACCUGCGAUGCUUCAAAACCUAACCAGCAUAUACUGUUUUUUCAACAGGGAUCGGUCACCCAGAAAUGAUAAUUUCAUUAUUUACUGACCCUCAUGUUGUCUAAAAACUCAUAUGGCUUUCUUUCUUUUGCAAAGCACAAGAUAUUUGUAUUUUUAUUAAUGGAACCCAAACUUUAAAGCUCUAAGAAGGAGAUAAAGGUAACAUGAAAUUAAUGCACAUGAGUACACUGGUAUCUUCAAAGGCGAGUCGAGUUCCUCAGAAAAAAGAAAGGUUUGUAAUAAAAUGGUGACAUAAAUGAUGACAUAGUUUUCAUUUUUGGGUGAACUGUCCCUUGAAGUUUGAUAUGGUCACAUAAAAUAAGUGCACAGUAGGCAUUAUUUUGACAAAAAUGUGAAUGUUUUAGCAGGUUUCAUUGUAAGGACUUUGAGGGAGGCUGUUUUUUUUGCUGUCGGGUGGUCAAAGUCCUUGCUGCUCUGUAAUCAGCAAGCUGACUCGGCCACAUUUGCUCCCCAGGGGCUGUAUUGUUGAGCUUCUAGAAAGUUCUCAUAAGUUUCAGUCAAGAGGGGUUUAAAAUGACGCAUUAUUGAGGUUUUACUAGGGCACCUUAUAUUGUAACACUCUUCAUCAUUGAAAUUCAGUUUCUUAGCCUGUCUAUUAUCUAUCACUGUCUUGCUUUUUCUCUCAUCCGCCCACUCACAUUUCCUCCCUCUUUUUAACAAACCCUUUAAACAGGAAGUACAGACAAACACAAAUAGUUUCAGCCAAAGUGUUUGAAGCAAAGGGAAAUGAGAGGGGUGGAGUUUCAUGCUGCUUUACAUCACCGCAGUGCUAAACUACACCCUUCACAGUUUUUUUUAACAAACAUUACAUUUCACGUUAUGCUAUCAAUGCUAGUAAUUAUAGACUUUGAUUAAGGUGUGUGGCAGCAUAGGUAGUAACCCUAUAGAUAUCAGUUGAAAUGCUAUAUCAUAAUUUACUGUAACUAUGCAUUGCUAUUGAUUGUAUACGCUUCUCUAUGACUUGACAUUUGAUUGAAGGCCUUGGUGGUAAGACUGAAAGGAGAAAAACAAAGCCAUAUCAUUGUUAAAAAACAUAUCAGCAAGUACUGUUUUUACUGUAAAGGCCAGUUUUGAAGACACAGGUUAACUGGAGUCAUGGGCUACACAAAAAUGUCUGUGGUAAAUCGUAGUUACUAAUAACUAUAGACUAGAAAGUGCUACUAGCUGGCUGUAUUCAGCCUUCAGUUGUCACUGGUCUUUUGAACAGCUAGUUGAAUUUUCUUUCAUCCAAUCAGAUACUCAGUAAGUGGUGCUCUUUUUAGGGAGUGUGUUAAGUGCUUUAGUGAAACACCUGUUGACAAAACAUACAGGUUAUUUAGUCUGAGAGUUUGGUGUGGUUUAACAAUAUUUGUGAAUUUCUGUGUGAACAUGUCUUUGUUGCUGUGAAUGACAAAUUGAGGUCAUUGAUCAAUCAGAUGUUGUGGCUGUCAAAAAAGAUGUUUUGUCUCUGUUGUUCUGUCCUCCAACUUCAAAGUCAGGCAGGCCGAAUAGUUGCAAUAGGUGUGAGGACAUAGUUUUUUUAGUUGUUUAUGUGUUUUUGUCUAUCACAGGGAUUCAUUCGUUAGUCAUUAAUAACUUGGGUUACUAUUUGUAUCACAUAAUGAGAAAAGAAUUUGUUACAUUGCACUGUGUUGCACAAGCGUAGUAUUAAAAUCUAGACAGAAUAUAUGAUUUGCACAUAAAUGAUCUAAUGUUUCUGCGCUAUAGUCUGUGAUUUUAACAGGGACCCAAUGUACAUCUUUCAACCUGGUUGUCUACAAAAUUAGACAACGUUUUACAAAUGACAGAGCAUUGUUGGACUGUUUGCAAGUUUUGUUUGCUAUGGUGCAGGUCUGUCAACUUUGUGCUGUCAUGUUGCUCAGCUUGCGCUAACACCUCACACCUGUAAUAAGACAUAUAGUUAUACUCUACAGAUCAAAUGUACAAGAGACUAAACCUGCAUCAAAUAUACUCGCUCUGGAGAAAACACCAAAAUAUGAAUAUUUAAAAACUGUGUUUAAAUCAGCUUGAGUAGAAAUUCUAGUUCUAGAACAGUUUGUCUAGAACAGUUUAGUUCUCAGGGGAGAAGACGGAUUCUAGUCUUAAUGCACUGGAAGCUAUGCUGUAUGCCCACUGCUGUAGUGUGAGGUUAUAAUCAUGGUUUACUUGAGUAGAACAUGCUAAUAAAUCUUAUUUAUUAAGAUGUAGGCUUGAACAUGAAACUAGAAUACCAGUUUAGUGGAUAUUACUAUAUAAGAGUUAUUGUACUGCUUCUAUUUCAAUCUGUAUCAAAAUGAAAACUAGAGAUCAAUAAAUUUAAAUGGUAAAUAAUGUGUCUGUUUCUUUUUAAAAGACUAUUUUAUGUGUAUGAGUUAAAUGUUAAGCUGAGAAAUCCUUUGAGAGAAGGAUAUCAUAUUCACAAUUCCAUGUCUGCAGGUGUGAAUUUGCCUAUAUUUGCAUUUACAUAUCCGUGUGUGUGUGUUUGUGAGUGAAUGACUAAUGCUGAGUAACAGGAGUAGCUGGCACUCUUAUGUCACAGAACAGGCCAUCCCCUCUCUACCUAUGUCUACAUGCUUUAGGAAGUGAAACACCAAAGCAAGAAACACAAGAAUAUAUCCUGUAUAUGCAGCACUGACCUCAGAUAUUCAGAUAGACAAUAGUGUGAGACAGACACCUUGAAUGUGAAAGGGAAAUGAAUGGAAGGAUACAUUUUCCAUAGGUUUUUUUUUUUUGUUUGGCUGUUUUCCAGCAUAAAGUAGACGCUAUACACAGCACCUCAUUUUACAUGUGUCCACUUGAUGGAGACAUACAGCUGUUUGUUUUCUAUUGGCCUGGAACACUUAGUUCAAGGAGGAAAUCCUGUGGGGCUCUUUGCACCUUGUUGUCAAAACAUACAUGUCAUGACAUGAUUGUUUUUACAGUGUAAGAAGCCAAGAGUAGCGUAAUAAAAUUACUGUAGCGUUCAAGUUCAGGUUCAAUAAGAUUUUGUAUAUAUUUAAGAGAAAUUAAUACUUUUAUUCAGCAGGGAUACAUUAAAUUGAU